AUGCAUUCAUGUUCUUUUGGGAAGGCACCGAUAGUGAAGGGUGACAAGUUCUCAAAGGCCCAAUGUCCACAAAAUGAUAAAGAGAGAGAUGAAAUGAAAAUUGUUCCGUAUGCGUCACUGGUUGGUAGCCUUAUGUAUGCUCAAGUAUGCACACGCCCUGAUAUUGCCGUUGUUGCUGGCGUGUUGGGUACCAAGGAUCAUAUGUUGACCUAUCGGCGAGCUAACAUUCUGGAUAUAGUUGGGUUCAGUGACGCCGAUUAUGCGGGAUGCGUGGACGAUAAAAGGUCCACUUCAGACUAUAUUUAUAUGAUGGAUGGAGGAGCUGUAUCGUGGAAAAGUGUCAAGCAGACACUCAUAGCUUCAUCCACAAUGGAGGCAGAGUAUAUGGCGUGUUAUGAGGCUACUUGUUAA